CCACGCAGACCCACUUAGCUGCCAGCACCUACAUCGCCAGCACCAGCCGCCGCCGCCAUGCCCGGAGGUCUGCUUCUCGGGGACGAGGCUCCCAACUUCGAGGCCAAUACUACCGUAGGCCGCAUCCGUUUCCACGACUAUCUGGGAGACUCAUGGGGCAUUCUCUUCUCCCACCCUCGGGACUUUACCCCAGUGUGCACCACGGAGCUUGGCAGAGCUGCAAAGCUGGCACCAGAAUUUGCCAAGAGGAACGUUAAGAUGAUUGCUCUUUCAAUAGACAGUGUUGAAGACCAUCUUGCCUGGAGCAAGGAUAUCAAUGCUUACAAUGGUGAGGAACCCAAAGAAACAUUACCUUUUCCCAUCAUUGAUGAUAAGAAUCGGGACCUUGCCAUCCUGUUGGGCAUGCUGGACCCAGCAGAGAAGGACGAAAAGGGCAUGCCUGUGACAGCUCGCGUGGUGUUUAUUUUUGGUCCUGAUAAAAAACUGAAGCUGUCUAUCCUCUACCCAGCUACGACUGGCAGGAACUUUGAUGAGAUUCUCAGAGUAGUUAUCUCUCUCCAGCUGACAGCAGAAAAAAGGGUUGCCACCCCAGUGGAUUGGAAGAAUGGAGAUAGCGUGAUGGUCCUUCCCACCAUCCCUGAAGAGGAAGCCAAAAAACUUUUCCCUAAAGGAGUCUUCACCAAAGAGCUCCCAUCUGGCAAAAAAUACCUCCGCUACACCCCGCAGCCAUAGGUCUCUCCGAGGAGUUGGUGCUGGAGCUGCUCGCUGAGCACAAAGAGCCAGAGGACGCCAGCUGCCAAUCCUGUUUUCCUGCAGCAAUUUCACAAAAACACCCUCGUGUGAUCACAGCCAAGGUCUUAAGGUUGCUCUACUACUGGCUUAUUAAAUGAAAAUGGCACUAAA